AUGGGUUCAAACGCAGAGGACUUUUCUCUUCCAAAAGCCACUAUUCAAAAGCUGAUCAAGGAGCAUCUCGGAGACUCUAUCCGUUGUGCAACCGAAACUCGGGAUUUAAUUGUCGAGUGUUGUAUAGAGUUUGUACAAAUGAUCGCAGCAGAAGCAAAUACAAUUUGCGAACAACAACAAAGAAAAACUAUUGCUGGGGAACAUGUCAUUGAAGCGCUACAAAAACUUGGAUAUGGAGAAUAUAUACAAUCGGUUAAUGAGGCUCAUGCCCAAUUUAAAACAGAGAGUGCUAGACAUUCUAAAAAUUCAGACAAAUUGAAAAAUUCUGGAAAAACUCAAGAAGAGCUCAUUAGUGAGCAACAUAAAUUAAUUGCAGAAUCGCGUGCAAGACAAUACGGAAAUAUUCAAACACCAACAACAGCCAUGUCUGGAUUUAAUCCAUCAAACGCAUUUCCGAAUACCCCAGUGAUACAUCAACAACCUCAACAACAAUACUAUCAAGCUCCACCCAUGAUUCCUCCACCUCUUUAUAAUGCUGUUAGAGGAGAAAUAAUACCAUCUGCAUCCACUCUGCUUGAAUAA